GAACCAGAGCUGAAAUCCGUGAAUUUAAACACAGCUUCAAACGCUAACGCUACAUCAGAUGUUAAGUUAGAGUAUCCACCACUGGACCAAAUUCUUUCAAGAGAAGCCAACGACAACCCUUACACAAAUGUUCAAACAAAUCCUUCAGAUAACGUAGACCAUUACCUUCUUCAGUUAUACCAAAUAAUUUUACUCAAAGACGAUAAGAAGCUUUUGACAAAUCUUAUAAGUAAGAACCAAAUAAUUCUAACAAAGGAGGACCUUGAAAAUGUUAUCUCACGAAUAACAGGGAAACAAUGUGUCAUUGACUAUCUCGACCCUGAAAUCGAAUGCUGUGGUCAAACGCCACCAUUCAUGAAAAUAGGUAACAUCCGCAUCAUUGAAAUACCAGGUACUCCAGGAGUUGAGUUUAAGUAUAAAUAUUCGAACGAGUAUACAAAACUUUCAACAGAAUAUAAAUUAUGUUUGAAAUAUGUUUUAGUAAAUUAA